AUGACUGAUUUUAGUAGCAGAGGAUGUUACUCGAUGAAUAGUGCGAGGAACAUGGAGAGGGAUGGUAGUUGAGGGGUACGAAUACUCUUCUCUUUACCUUUUAGUAAUUCCCGCCACUAUCAACGGCUAGCUUCCAAUAGCCUAUAGCCCAAGAGGCAAGAGGCAUAUGCCAAACCCUUCGUUCUGCUCUUGAUAAAUGCUGCUACUCUUUUUUGUUCAAGGCCCUUGAGGACACAUAGAUGCAAUAACAUUCGUACCCAAAUAUAUGGAAAUGGAACGCCAUUUGUUAAAUCUACUUCACUCGACCCUGCACAUAAAACAAAUCAAGCAGGUUCACGCCCUAAUUGUCAUAAAUUAUCCUACUCUUACUACAGAUUUCGUUAAGAGUUUACUUCGUUUGUCUAUUGUUGUCUAUGCUCGCAACGUGUUUGAUAAGAUUCCUCACCCAAGUCAAGUUCUUUAUAAUUCCCUUAUUUCAACAUACUCCAAGCUUUCAUUGAAGAAAAACGCUUUAGAAGCGUUUGUUUUGAUGCAUGGUAGUGGUACCCGGGUGGUAGGUUCCACAGUUGCACCCGUUAUGAAGUCGUGCACUUCUUUGUUGGCUGUUGAAUUAGCGAAAGAAAUUCAUUCAUUGGUCGUAAAAUGUGGGUUCAGUUCGGAUGUUUUUGUUCAGACUCCUUUGAUGGAUUUUUAUGCUAAAACGUGUGAUAUAGAAUCAGCAAAGAAAGUUUUUGAUGGGAUUUUUAUGAAGGAUCCGAUCUGUUAUAAUUGUUUGAUUUCCGGGUAUUCCAAGUCUGGUGAUGUUAUAGCAGCACGGCGGCUGUUUGAUGAGAUGUCCGAGAGAACUGUUGUUUCGUGGAAUUCUAUGAUAUCUUGCUAUGCAAACAAUGGGUAUUAUCAUGAGGGUUUGAGUAUUUUCGAGAGGAUGCAGGCUGAGGGAUGUAGCCCCAAUGAAAUCAGUGUAACCACUGUGCUCUCUAUAUGUGCUAAGCUUAGGGAUUUGGAAACGGGGUUGAGAGUUAAGAAGUUUAUUGACGAGAACGAUUUUCAUUUGAAUAUGAUAGUAUCUACUGCAUUGUUGGAAAUGUAUGUGAAAUGUGGGGCUAUUGAAGAUGCACGUCAUGAGUUUGACUGCAUGGACAGAAGAGAUGUUGUUACUUGGAGUGCCAUGAUUGCUGGUUAUGCCCAAAAUGGGAAAUCGAGUGAGGCCUUGGAGCUCUUUGAACGCAUGAAAAAUGAACCAAUUGAACCUAAUGAUGUUGCACUUGUUAGUGUUCUAUCUGCUUGCUCUCAAUUGGGCUCAGUGGGAGCUGGUGAGCGCAUCGGCAACUAUGUAGAGAGUCGAGGUUUUAUCUUCAAUGUUUAUGUGGCCUCUGCACUAUUGGAUAUGUACUCCAAGUGCGGGAAUAUUAGUAAAGCUCGUCAAAUAUUCAAUAAGAUGCCUCACAAAGAUGUUGUUACUUGGAAUUCAUUGAUUGCAGGUCUAGCAGCCAAUGGUUUUGCUGAGGAUGCGAUUAAUCUAUAUGAGAAAAUGAAAGAAAUUAGAGUUAUACCGGAUGAUAUAACCUUUGUGGGGGUAUUGACUGCUUGCACCCAUGCAGGCCUUGUUGAACUGGGGCUUGAGUUUUUCAGAAGCAUGAAAUUGGAUUAUGAUAUUACACCAACUAUAGAACAUUAUGCUUGUAUUGUUGACCUCUUUUGUAGAUCUGGGAGACUGAAAGAGGCCUAUGAGUUCAUAUGUAUAAUGGAAGUGGAGCCUAAUGUUGUGAUAUGGGGCACCUUACUCAGUGCUUCUAGAAUCCAUUCAAAUGCAAAGCUUGCAGAGCUCUCAGUCAAGAAGUUACUAGCGCUUGAGCCUGAGAACUCUGGGACCUAUGUCCUUCUUUCGAACAUAUAUGCAAGUGCCGGCAGAUGGCAAGAAUCCUUGAGGGUGCGGAAUUUGAUGAAAAUUAACAGAGUGCAGAAAACCACUGCAUGUAGUUGGAUAGAAAUGGAUAAUAAAGUGCAUAAGUUUUUAGUUGGCGACACAUCCCAUGCUAGAUCUAAUGAGGUUUAUCGCAUUGUUGAUGGGCUGGCGAUGCAGUUGACUACGGCAAGUUAUAAUUUAAAUUCUGACUUAGAAUUUUGAUGAUGUUCAUAGUAGAAACCAGUAAAUGCCUGCUAACACAGUUGGAGAAGUACGGUGGAGCUUAUUACCACAGACCUCAGUUUAAAUCUCAGCUUGGGCUUGGACAUCCUUCUCUCUUUCUUGUGGUCCAAACAAAAGGAAAGAUGUUUGAGAAAAGUUACGGUAACCUGUUUUCUUUCUUAUGUUGUAUCUUGAUUUAAAUGGCAAUAAUGCACUGAAAAGACUGGAAUUUUCCAGUUGCCUGGCCUUUCAAGACAUAUUUGUGAUAGUAUUCAAACUUAUCAAAUUUUUGGUUAAUUGUGGAAACAACCUCAUGGAAAUCAUUU